AUGAAUGCACUCAUCUUAACUUUCGCCGUCAUUUGCGUCGCUACCCGCGGUGCUUCCGCACAAAUCUAUCUGAACCAACCGAUCGCCCUGGCGCUGCAGCAUCAGCCACUUCAGCACGAGCCCGCUUCCUUAGCACAUCCGGCUGUGGUGGAAAAUGCAUUGAACGAGGCGCGCUACCCGGCAGAGUUGCAGAAUAACUUUUACAAAAACCCGCGCAUUGCUGCAGCACUAGCCAAAGAGUCAUGGUUUGGCGACAAGGAGAUGCCUGUAUUUGAGCGGGCCGCCGAUAAAAUUCCACGUGAAAACAUCGUGAAAAUAAUCAAAAAUGCCGGAUUCGUCCGCCGGCGUUAG